UCAUAGAUUAAAGAUGGUUCGCAGACUAUUUCAGUUAAAGCUACUAAUAUGCUCCUGCCAUUGAAGACAAUAUGACAUUUGUGCCUUUGCAUUGGGAAUUCGGUUGGACGACACUCCACUGUAGAGCGAAAGGUUUCGUAGCUGAGCGACUAUUUCUCACAUCCUGCUUUGUUUCUCGGUACUGUCUGUCGACGAUGUGACCGAAUCUACAGGCUGCAUUUACUGCUGUUAGUAACUUAAAAUUGGGCGGCGUGAGGAAAUAAACAGCAGGAUGGUGACUUUGUAAAAGAUCAUCGUGAAGCACACAGAAGCCAAAGGCCAAAAAAAGCCUGGCCUUGGUACCCUCACAGCCUACCUAGCACAUCUGCUGCAUAGAUGGAGCGGCUGCGCUGGGUGCAGCAUCGCUGUCGGCAGCUGCUAGCUGGAGACUCAAGGCGGGGUUGGUACUCCGAUGGGCUGCCCAACAGCAGCUUGCUGAACACCCACAGCCCUCGGGGGAGGGUCUGUGGGAAGCAGAGAACGGUAUUUCCCCGCAAUGGGCUUCACCAACAGGAUUAUGAGCGUGUAUCCAGAAACUACAAAAGCAAUGCAAUCUCCACUACCAAAUACACCUUGCUGACUUUCAUUCCCAUGAAUCUGUUUGAGCAGUUUCACAGGGCUGCAAACCUUUAUUUCCUGUUCUUGACAUUGCUAAACUGGGUGCCAGUGGUUGAAGCCUUUCAGAAGGAAAUUACUAUGAUUCCUCUGCUGGUGGUUCUCAUAAUUAUCGCCAUCAAAGAUGCCCUGGAAGACUUCAGACGCUACUUGUUUGACAAGAAGGUUAACAACAAUGUAGUUCGAGUAUUCUGUGGUACACAGAAAUCCUACGUUGACCAGUGCUGGAAAAAUGUGCAAGUUGGGGACUUUGUUCAUUUGUCCUGUAAUGAAAUCAUCCCAGCUGACAUGUUGCUGCUGUAUUCCUCUGACCCUCGUGGGGUUUGUUACAUUGAAACUGCCAACCUAGAUGGGGAGACCAACCUGAAACAGAGACAAGUCGUUUCAGACUUCCCACUGCAGGGAGAAGAGUUCACUCCUGAGAGUUUCCACAGUCGUAUUGAGUGUGAGAACCCCAACAAUGACCUCAGCAGGUUUAGAGGUUACAUGGAGCACUCAAAUGGGGUUCGUGUAGGCCUCCAUAGUGGCAACCUGUUGCUCAGGAGCUGCACCAUACGCAACACUGAAACGGUGGUAGGCAUCGUAGUCUAUGCUGGUCAUGAGACUAAAGCCAUGAUGAACAACAGCGGGCCGAGGUAUAAGCGCAGUAAGCUGGAGAAGCACCUGAAUACAGACAUCCUUUGGUGUGUGGUCCUACUCUUCAUUAUGUGCCUGACUGCUGCUAUAGGCCACGGCCUCUGGGUGAGCAGCUUUAAAGAAUCCAUCUUCCAGGUCGAUACUGAGACGCCUCCUGCCCUGGCUGGAUUCUAUAUAUUCUGGACUAUGGUCAUUGUGUUGCAGGUGCUGAUCCCAAUUUCUCUAUACGUGUCCAUUGAGAUUGUGAAACUAGGCCAGAUCUACUUCAUCCACAACGACCUAUCCAUGUACAACGAACAGCUGGACUCUAGGAUCCAGUGCCGUGCUCUCAACAUUACCGAGGACCUCGGUCAGAUUCAGUACCUGUUCUCUGAUAAAACAGGAACACUGACAGAAAAUAAGAUGGUGUUUCGCCGCUGCAGUAUCUUUGGAGUUGAAUAUCCUCAUGAGGAAAAUGCUCGAAGGCUUGAGGUGUACGAAUCAGAAAACACCGAGACGGCUGUUCGCUCUGUGACUCUGAAGUCAGGCUACAGUGGGAAAUCUCUGAGCUGUCGCUCUCUUAGCUGCAACCGCAGCUCUGUGUCUCUUCACACGCUCACUGCUGAGCCAAUGGAGGAGGAUCGACUGUCGGGUCACAUCCAGCCCAGGACCGGUGCCUUCUGCAGCCGCAUGGCAAAGGAGGUGGUACCAGACCCCGCACUUGGCAGGAAGCUGAACUGGCUGACCAAUCACUCCUCAUCCGAGACUCCAUCCAGCAUGGAACUAACUUACAUAACUGACUUCUUCCUGGCUCUGGCCAUCUGUAACAGUGUGGUGGUUUCUUCGCCCAACCAGCCUCGACAUGUGAUACCUGAAGAACGGACACCUCUAAAGUCCCUGGAAGAAGUUAAGUUGAUGUUUCAGCGUUUCAGUUUCUCUCCCUUCUCCGCUCUCUCCCCUUCCCAAAUCAAAGGCAGCCCUUACAGCUUCAAAAGCAGGCUAUUUAUUAGGGGGAAGGGAGGCUCUCUCACUCUCUCCACUCCCGUGAGCAACACCACAGACAUGUCAGGGUCAAGCCAGGAAAAUGACUCUAAACCAGACUUAUCUGCCAGAGAGGAGGAAGAACAAGAUGUGGAGGACCAAGAGACAGAGGAUGACUUAAAGGAUACACAGACAAACCCUGAUGAGGCAAGACAGAGCAUGCAAGACCUGACCAGACAAGUGGAAUGUGUUGAAGAGAUAACUGAUGAACUGGUGUAUGAGGCAGAGAGUCCAGAUGAGGCAGCUUUGGUCCAUGCAGCACGUGCAUACCGCUGUACCCUGAGGGGUCGCUCUGCAGAGAGCCUGCUCGUGGAUCUGCCAGGAAUCGGCUCCCUGGCUAUCCAGCUGCUCCACAUCCUGCCCUUUGACUCCAACAGGAAAAGGAUGUCCGUAGUGGUUCGCCACCCUCUGACGGGACAGGUGGUGAUUUUCACCAAGGGUGCGGACUCAGUCAUCAUGGACCUGGCUGAAAGCCCCACAGAUCAGACGGAGGUAUACAGUCACAUCAAAGAAAAAACCCAAAAACAUUUGGAUGCUUAUGCCAGAGAAGGCCUCCGCACACUCUGCAUCGCUAAAAAGGUUCUGAAGGAGGAUGAGUAUGACUUGUGGCUGAAAGCACACAUGCUGGCAGAGAGCAGCAUAGAGAACAGAGAGGAGCUUCUUCUGGAGUCAGCUCAGAGGCUUGAGACCAACCUCACUCUGUUGGGUACCACAGGGAUUGUAGACAGACUGCAGGAGGAGGUUCCAGAGACCAUUGCUGCUCUUCAGAGGGCUAGGAUUAAAAUUUGGGUUCUCACUGGAGACAAACAGGAAACAGCCAUCAACAUCGCUUAUGCCUGCAAACUUCUAUGUGCCAGUGACAAACUGCUGACAGCAAACUGUGGAAGCAUGGAUGCUUGUGCAGCUUUAUUUGAGGAUCUCAUACUGGAAGUCCAGGGUGGUGAGAGUUUGACUGACCUUACUGGAAAUGGGGAAUCCAUGUCCAGCAGCUUCAUUCUGGUCAUAGAUGGCCGGACACUGGGUUGGGCCUUGGAGGACGAAUUGAGGAGCAACUUCCUGGAGCUGAGCCGGCGAUGCAAGGCAGUGAUCUGCUGCCGUUCCACUCCACUGCAGAAAAGCCAAGUGGUCCAGCUGAUCCGGGACCAUCUUGGUGUCAUGACCCUGGCUGUUGGUGAUGGAGCCAAUGAUGUAAGCAUGAUUCAGGUGGCUGAUGUGGGCAUUGGGAUAUCUGGACAGGAGGGAAUGCAGGCUGUGAUGUCCAGUGACUUUGCUAUUUCACGGUUUAAACACCUCAGCAAGCUGCUGCUGGUUCAUGGCCACUGGUGUUACUCUCGUCUUGCAAACAUGAUACAAUACUUCAUCUAUAAGAAUGUGAUGUAUGUGAAUCUGCUGUUCUGGUAUCAGUUCUUCUGUGGUUUUUCUGGGAGUGUCAUGACCAACUCCUGGGUGCUCAUCCUCUUCAAUCUAAUCUUUACAUCAGCUCCUCCGCUUAUUUACGGCAUUCUCGACCAAGAUUUACCUGCCGACACUCUGAUGGAGCUGCCUGAGCUCUACCAGGAUGCACAAACUUCCAAGACGCUUGUUCCAUACAUGUUCUGGAUCACGGUCCUGGAUGCUUUUUACCAAAGCCUCGUUUGCUUUUUUGUGCCUUACUUUGCAUACGCAGGAUCAGAUGUUGGGGUGCUGUCCUUUGGCUCACCGAUCAAUGCAUCAGCACUUUUCAUUAUUCUGCUGCACCAAGUGAUCGAGAGCAACACACUGACAUGGAUUCAUAUGGUUGUGUUGGUGCUCAGCUGCGCUUCCUAUUUUGGGUUUGUACUGCUCCUCAGUGGCUUCUGUGUGACCUGCAGCCCCCCUGUCAACCCUCUGGGGAUUGAGUUACUCCAAAUGUCCCACUCUCUUUUCUACAUCAUAUGUGUUCUCACUACUGUGACAGCUCUGUUACCCAGGCUGUUUUUUCAAGCUUUAUACAGCACACUGCACCCAUCUACAGUUUUGAAAUCAGCUCACAUGGAUACAGUGGACUCUGAAAACUACUGCAGGAGAAUGCAGCGCUGGAACAUGACCCACUCCAAAACCAACAGGCUCUCGGCGGGUGCCGACAACCCUGGCCUGGAGCCCAGCGUAGCGUAAGAGCUAAGCACAUGCAGAGAGUUGCACUUGAUACCUCUACCGAUGCACAAUCUCCCCUGAGAAAAGUAUACCUGAAACUGAAGAAAAGGUUUCUGUUAAUGUGCUGCAUUUAAGUGUAGAUCACAGCCAGAACUGAAGUUUUGGUUCAAUAAAAGAUUUUGACUCCAAAGAACACUGAAUAUAAUUGGCUGCAUUUUGUAUGAAUGAGAAGUAUGUAUCUGCGAUUUUAUGAAUAAAGUGUG